AUGUCGCCGGGGUACAACCAAGACUCGACGGUGUACCUUUCUGAAGGCGGUCGAUUUUUGCGGUCGGAAGACGGCGGGGCCCAUUGGUUUGAUCAGUUCCGACUUUGUGAUCGGGGCGGCGGGCCGCGCGAUUUCGUGGCGCAGAGGCCUGGGGGUCGCAUUUCCAUCGCCCAGGACUCCAACUUCCAGCUCCGCCGCGGCAGGGUGGGUGGGCCGUACGAACUCAUGAACAUGCCGCCUUCUACUAAAGAGGAGUGCUUCGCGCUUGGAGCUGACAACGAAGGCUUCUACGUCGGGUCGCCUUCUACCGGAGAGAUGUGGCGCUCAAGGUGGAGCUGGGGCUGGGAGCCGCUCGCGACCGUUUCAGAGGGUUUUGUCACGAGGAUUUCGGCGGAUUUUAACGGGUAUUUAUACGUCAUUGGUGACCAAGAAGACCUCGUGACUCGCGUCGGCAAUUCAGACGGGUCUCUGACCGCCGUCAAGUUGCCCGAAGCCGAGGCCAAAGUCGACGACUCCAAACCGACCACUCCCUUGUCGGUCGCGGCGCACUCUCCGAAUGGCGUUGAGACAACAACUUUAUACGUUCUUCGGAGGAACGUCAGGUCGGUGUUAGUCACUUCAGAUUUCGGCGCGACUUGGAUCGUCGAAAGCAUCGACAACGGCGACUUCGAGAGCAACCUCGGCGACGUCCAGCCGGCGGAGACGUUCGAUUUGGAAGAAUUCACGCACGUAGUGGCGGAUCCCACAAGGCAGACCGCAUACUUAGGAGCGUACGCUGGCGUGUGGAAGACGGACAACAUGCGCGACUUCUCUUACUUAGACACCGUGCGGCAAUCGAUUUACAGCAUCUGGGCCGUCGCCGACGUUCAGGUGACGAUUUGCACGUAUGCCGCCGGCUGCUGGCACGGUGAUUUGAAUGUGACAGAGUUACAUGAUGGGUCGUCGAUGGCGUUCCUAGAGAAAAUCCCGUCGUACACGACGUCCCAAACUGCGACCCGCUUGCAGCUCCGAAAGAACCAGGAAUCCUACAACACCGUCGCGCAGUCGCCGAGCGGGGAGUUUGCUUUAAGAUAUGUCCCCAGAGCGCAGCAGGGCGUCCGGGCGCUUCAGCGAGUCGACGGCGACUUGUUUACGGAAGACAACUACGAGACGUUACCGGAUUUACCUCUCAUCGACCCGAACAGAGGCUUUAAUUCCGAGUCGCUCCAGAAAAUAGAGUACGCCUCUGACACGCACAUCUACGGCUGCGGCUUCAACCACGGCGUUUUGGAAUCGAUCGAUGGGGGCUUCACUUGGGCUCGGAUUUGGGAAGGCAACGGCGGCGACGUCGUCGAUGUGAAACUCUCGCCCAGUUUUCAACAAGACUCCACAAUAGUCACGCUAGUGAGGGACAUCAACGACGAACAGCGCGUGCGGAUCUACCAAAGCACCGACAGCGGCCUCAGCUGGUCGCAGAUUUCAGACGUGAGAUUUUGGCCGAACGUCGCCUUCGCGAGGGAUGCCAACGGAGACCCGAUAGUCGUCGCCCUCCAAACUUCCGGCAAGGGCAUGGACGGCGAGCUUUUUGCGUAUGAUGGCUCCGAAUUCCGCCGCGUCGGCCGCCAGCAAGUGAGUCAACGCAAACUGAAAUUCGGCUUGGACGGACUCCACGUUUCGCCGACCGGUCUCCUCUGCGCGUCGUACGUCGAGGGCGGCCUCGUCUGCGGCGAGUUGGACGCCGAGUACAAUUUCAUCAACAAAGUCCACUCCAUCCCGACGCCCUUCGCCAGGGACGACGCCAACGCGGAACUCCCGCCGAAAUUCUGGCGCGCGGGGUCUAGCAUCCAGCAACUUCCCAUCAGAGGCUUCAACGGCAAACUCGCCUUCUCUCCGAACUUCGCAAACGACCACGCCCUCUUCGCCGCCAGCCACUACGCGUUGUACUUCUCAGGCGACGAAGGACGCACCUUCCGCAAGGUCUUCGAACUCCCGUGGCAAGCGCCGCUCGUCGACGAGUGCUGCUCGCCGGCAGCGACGCCGCCGCCACCUGCGCCGCCUGCGGGCUCGCCACGUUACGUGGCGUGUGGCAGGACUGGCCGGUGCGACGAGAGCGACCGGUGGGCGGCUCCGUCCGAGAAGCACGAGGUGCGGUGUUGCUCCGACUCGCGAAUCGACGGCUGGAAGAAGAAAGAUGGGUGCUCCGUGUGGAGCGAGUCCGACGACGAUGAGAUGGGAGGCAAGUGCCACCACAACAAGAACUUUGCACAGGCCUCGACCAUCUGCGAGGACGCGGGCGCACGCCUGUGUACUCGGGCGGAGCUGCAGGGGAAUUGCGCACGCCGGUCAGGCUGCGGCCACGACCGCGAUCUGAUCUGGGCAGAGUACCUCGGCCCAGCAAGUUGGCCACCGGAAGAGUUCGCAAGCGCGAUGGACAGCGCAAGAUGUCUUCGUUGCACGCGAAGUUCCCCGUGCUGCUGGAGCUAG